AUGCCCAGACGUGGUUCUCAAUGGCAUUGGGACCUAGUCAAACAUCCCUAUUACUCUGUGUCGGAACUUGAGAAGUGGGCCCGGGAGAGGAAUGCGAAGGCCUUUACUUUCCACUGGCACGAUCAAUACGGCAAAGUCGGCCUAGUCAAGAAUGCCGUCUACUUGCUGCGACCUGAUCAGUAUAUUGCGGGCAUUUUUGAGCGCUCCUCUGCGAAGGCGGGGUUGGACGAGUACUUCGAUACUCGGGGGUUUUUUCCACAUCCAGGUAGAGACUAG